AUGCCCACUGGAGAAGGCUCUAUGCCCACAGGAGAAGGCUCUAUGCCCACUGAAGAAGGCUCUAUGCCCACUGGAGAAGGCUCUAUGCCCACUGGAGAAGGCUCUAUGCCCACUGGAGAAGGCUCUAUGCUCACUGGAGAAGGCUCUAUGCCCACUGGAGAAGGCUCUAUGCCCACUGGAGAAGGCUCUAUGCCCACUGAAGAAGGCUCUACGCCCACUGGAGAAGGCUCUACGCCCACUGGAGAAGGCUCUAUGCCCACUGAAGAAGGCUCUACGCCCACUGGAGAAGGCUCUACGCCCACUGGAGAAGGCUCUAUGCCCACUGGAAAACUGGAGAAGGUUCUAUACCCACUGGAGAAGGUUCUAUACCCACUGGAGAAGGUUCUACACCCACUGGAGAAGGUUCUAUACCCACUGAAGAAGGCUCUAUACCCACUGGAGAAGGCUCUAUACCCACUGGAGAAGGUUCUAUACCCACUGGAGAAGGUUCUACACCCACUGGAGAAGGUUCUAUACCCACUGAAGAAGGCUCUAUACCCACUGGAGAAGGCUCUAUGCCCACUGGAAAACUGGAGAAGUGGAGAAGGUUCUACACCCACUGGAGAAGGCUCUACACCCACUGGAGAAGGCUCUAUACCCACUGGAGAAGGCUCUAUACCCACUGGAGAAGCUUCUAUACCCAGUGGAGAAGGCUCUAUACCCACUGGAGAAGGCUCUACACCCACUGGAGAAGCUUCUAUACCCACUGGAGAAGGUUCUACACCCACUGGAGAAGCUUCUAUACCCACUGGAGAAGCUUCUAUACCCACUGGAGAAGGUUCUAUACCCACUGGAGAAGCUUCUAUACCCACUGGAGAAGGUUCUACACCCACUGGAGAAGGUUCUAUACCCACUGGAGAAGCUUCUAUACCCACUGGAGAAGGUUCUAUACCCACUGGAGAAGCUUCUAUACCCACUGGAGAAGGUUCUAUACCCACUGGAGAAGCUUCUAUACCCACUGGAGAAGGUUCUAUACCCACUGGAGAAGGCUCUAUACCCACUGGAGAAGGCUCUAUACCCACUGGAGAAGCUUCUAUACCCACUGGAGAAGGCUCUAUACCCACUGGAGAAGGCUCUACACCCACUGGAGAAGCUUCUAUACCCACUGGAGAAGGCUCUAUACCCACUGGAGAAGGCUCUACACCCACUGGAGAAGGUUCUACACCCACUGGAGAGGGCUCUAUACCCACUGGAGAAGCUUCUAUACCCACUGGAGAAGCUUCUAUACCCAGUGGAGAAGGUUCUACACCCACUGGAGAAGGCUCUACACCCACUGGAGAAGGCUCUAUACCCACUGGAGAAGGCUCUAUACCCACUGGAGAAGGCUCUAUACCCACUGGAGAAGCUUCUAUACCCAGUGGAGAAGGCUCUAUACCCACUGGAGAAGGCUCUACACCCACUGGAGAAGCUUCUAUACCCACUGGAGAAGGUUCUACACCCACUGGAGAAGGUUCUAUACCCACUGGAGAAGCUUCUAUACCCACUGGAGAAGGUUCUAUACCCACUGGAGAAGCUUCUAUACCCACUGGAGAAGGUUCUAUACCCACUGGAGAAGGUUCUACACCCACUGGAGAAGGUUCUACACCCACUGGAGAAGCUUCUAUACCCACUGGAGAAGCUUCUAUACCCACUGGAGAAGGUUCUAUACCCACUGGAGAAGCUUCUAUACCCACUGGAGAAGGUUCUAUACCCACUGGAGAAGGUUCUACACCCACUGGAGAAGCUUCUAUACCCACUGGAGAAGCUUCUAUACCCACUGGAGAAGGUUCUAUACCCACUGGAGAAGCUUCUAUACCCACUGGAGAAGGUUCUAUACCCACUGGAGAAGGUUCUAUACCCACUGGAGAAGGCUCUACACCCACUGGAGAAGGUUCUAUACCCACUGGAGAAGGCUCUACACCCACUGGAGAAGGUUCUAUACCCACUGGAGAAGGUUCUAUACCCACUGGAGAAGGCUCUACACCCACUGGAGAAGGUUCUUUACCCACUGGAGAAGGCUCUACACCCACUGGAGAAGCUUCUAUACCCACUGGAGAAGCUUCUAUACCCACUGGAGAAGGUUCUAUACCCACUGGAGAAGCUUCUAUACCCACUGGAGAAGGUUCUAUACCCACUGGAGAAGGUUCUAUACCCACUGGAGAAGGCUCUACACCCACUGGAGAAGCUUCUAUACCCACUGGAGAAGGUUCUACACCCACUGGAGAAGCUUCUAUACCCACUGGAGAAGGUUCUACACCCACUGGAGAAGGUUCUACACUCAUUGGAGAAGGCUCUAUACCCACUGGAGAAGGCUCUACACCCACUGGAGAAGCUUCUAUACCCACUGGAGAAGCUUCUAUACCCACUGGAGAAGGCUCUACACCUACUCUUAUAUUCCUGCACUUAAUAAGGAAAUUAGCCUUUUUUACCGUAAUAGACACUGGUCUAAUGUUUUCCUCAUCAUUGAGUGUGGAAGGUUGA